GAUUGAAUGGGUAGGCAUACCUACCUACUACUUUUUGCUUACAUUGCCAGUUCGUUUUGCGCUAUCCGAGUCCACACCGUACAAAGCAUCAGUCAGUGAUUCGGUGUUGCUGGACCGUCGUGUGUGCCCUGUGUGUAUGUAAUGUAAACAUUAGCCUGAGGAAUGCAUUUAGACAGUAGGUGCUGGAAUAUUAUCAUGAGCGGUGAUAACGUGGCGGCGAGUCGGCGCGGCUCAGUCGGCGACGAGGGGUCGCGUGGUGCGGUCGCACGCUGCUCAGAUACUCGACAAGUGACGUACGAAAGCACUCUGUGUUCGCGCUCGCGUACGCGCCGCAUUCCAUCGUGGGGGCCCUUCCCCGCCAUUGGCCGAUCCCGUGUGACGUCACUCCUCGUAAUGAGGUAUUCAACAUGGCCGUGUAGCUAGUUCGCGAGUGUGCUUCGUUAUUCGUUUGAAUGGAUUUAAUCAGUGAAAUAUGCCAAGGAGACGAAACGGUGAGAUACCCUUGCCCGACGGAUGGGAUUUUGCGAGGGACUUUGACGGAAAACUGUAUUUCAUCGAUCAUAACAACAGAAAAACGACGUGGAUCGACCCGCGAGACAGAUACACUAAACCUCAGACGUUUGCGGAUUGCAUUGGCAAUGAGCUGCCACUCGGCUGGGAAGAGGCCUACGAUCCACAGAUUGGACCUUAUUACAUCAACCAUGUCAAUCAGGUGACACAAUUGGAAGACCCGAGGCUAGAAUGGCUCAGUAUACAAGAAGCUAUGCUGAGGGACUACCUCCACACAGCACAGGAGGCUUUGGAGGCCAAGAAGGAGAUGUACGAUGUGAAGAAGCAGAGACUAUGUUUGGCCCAGGACGAGUACAAACAUCUCAACAAUGCGUUGUCCACUCUAGCAGCUUCGAGAACCAGUUUAUGUUCGUCGACGACAUCAAUGACGACAACGUCAACGACCUCGCGGCAUGACCCUGACCAGCUCCGAGUGGAAGUCACUCAAGCCAGAGGUCGAGUAGCCCAGUUGAGGAAGGAGUUACGGCAAGCAAGAGCUGAAGUGGCAAGCGCAAGGAGAGGAGUCCACACUUUAGCCGAAGUGGAACAAAAAAUCAAUUCUCAGCAAGGGUGUUACAAUAUUACGGAGGCUCAAGCGAUUAUGACUGAGUUGAAGAAUAUACAGAAGUCCCUCACUUCGGGAGAGAAAGAGAGAGCAGAUUUAAUGCAGUCUUUAGCGAAGUUAAAGGAUGAUCUUACGAGACUCCAACUGGGUGACGCCUCGCCUGAUUUGUCGACGUUAAGUCUCCCUCAAGAGAAAUUAAGCACAGCGUCUCAAACAGACCUUUGUGCUGACUUAGUACCUAUUCAAACUAGAUUAGCUGAAAUGGCAAGAGUUCGGUUUCAAUACGACGAAGCUAGAAAAAGGAUACAACAAAUCCAACAACAGCUGGCCGAUUUGGAAGACAAAGUUCAACCAGGACAAGCGGAAUCGGAUAAGGAUAGGCUUUUGUUAUUCCAAGAGAAAGAACAAUUGUUAAAAGAGUUGAGGAGUAUAACUCCAAGAACGAGAUCGAAACAGGAAAUGAGUGAAAUACAAACAGAAUGCAAGAGGUUAGAGCAGGACUUGAAGAAUGCUUUUGAGAUGUCGAAUAAGUGUAUAGCAGAUAGGUUAAGGCUUCACGAAGAGAAACAGCUGCUUUUGCAGCAGUUGAAAGAUGCUCUUACAUCGAUGACGACUUUGGAAGGACAACUGAAGACGUUAUCAGCGAGCACCUUGUCUGUCUCAAGUAGUUCCAGUUUAGGGUCGUUAUCUACGGCGAGUAGUAAAGGCUCCUUAAGUUCGGGAAUCAGUUUUACGGAUAUUUAUGGUGGACCGCAAAUUACUAGUUCUUUUCAAGUGGACAAACCUGUAGAUAUGGUGGAUCUGCAUCGAAGAGUUGAAAGGCUACUGAGAGGCUCAAGCUACAACGCGGACAGUGUAACACCUGGAGCGAGCAGUUCUCCCUCGCAACCUUCGUUAUCACCAAGAAGUAGUCUAUCCUCAGCCAGCCCACCGCCGCCACCGCCUUCAUAUACUCAGGUCGAAAGGCAAAGGCGGCAACAAAGAGAAUUAGAAGAGAAACUAGCUGAAAUGAGGAUAGAUGUCGCUACUGGACUCAAUGAAGUUACUGGACUUGCAACAAUUCCAGUUCAGCUGCAAGGUCCUGGACGGCCCAGUGAACCGCUAUCACCCAUCUCCGAAACACCCCCACCACCGUUGUCACCUAGAACACCCUCUUCUAGUGGUACAAAUACUAGAUCAGUGUCGGCUGCUGUGAGCGACGAGUCGGUGGCGGGCGAUUCUGGAGUAUUCGAGGCUGCGCAAGCGCAAAACGACCCCUCCAACGCCUUGAACAGUGCGCAAAUUGAGAUCAAAUUGCGCUACUGUCCGGAUGAGAGCGCGUUGGAGAUCGGCAUCAUGCGCGCGCGCAACCUUCACGCCUUGUUCAUCGAUGUGGGGACUGAAGUCGCGGUCCGCGGGGCGCUAGUCGUUGGCGGGGGCUGUGGGGUCCCAUUCAGCGGGCCGGGGCUCGCGUGGCGCGGCGCGGCGCUCAAUUGGCGGCUGGUACAGCGCGCCGCUGUCGCCGGCCCCCGGGCUCUGAGAGCGGCCACGCUGCAGGUCAACCUCACGCAAGGCGCCGAGUGUCUGGGCUGCGCUCAGGUCAGCUUAGCGGACUAUGACCCGGAGACGGUUCUUCAGAAGUGGUACAACGUGCUAAGUUUCCGCUGUAUGAGGAGAGACGAGAGUUCUGAUGAGUCCACCGUCAUAUCUUCGCAGACUUCUACGCUUACGAGAAAUAGAGUUUUUUCACCAGGUCCUGAAAGUAUGAUGGGUGCAGACUGCAAUGUCGACUGUGGGGACAACUCAGCAUCAGACGACGAAGAGUCUAGAGAGCCACUUAAUCAGAUAGUGGAAGAAGAUUCGUUCGAGGACUACAUUCCCGAGGAUAUAGCUCUAGAAGAGGAAUUCCUCAAUCCACCAACUGCGGAGAAGGAGACCAACACCGAAUGCAAUUUCUGUCCGGAGGGAGCGAGACAGCUGCACAAAAGGAAAAGUCAGCAAGUUAACGCGAAUCCUGAAGAGCCUCAAGCUACAAUAAAGAGAUCUCAAACAUUCUCACCACAACCGCAGAGUAUCGGCAAAGGGCAUUAUAUUUGCAGAUUGAAUCGUUCCGAGUCGGAUUCUUCUAUGGUGCAAUACGCGAGAAGAGUGACACUGCAGCCGCCUCCUUCCGGCAUACCUUUUGAUAGAAGUGUGCGCGAGCGCAGGUCUCUCAGAUGGGGUCGCGUACAAGGUGGUGCUUUGAGACGCAGCUCGACGCGCACGCGCACGGCUCGCACCUCCCUCGACCUCACGCUAGAUCUGCGCGCGCAGAACGACCGCCUGGCAGAUCUGCGCAAUGAGAUCGCGCACCUUACACAACUCAAGAAAAGGUUAGAGGAAGCGUGUGCUCGCGGCGACCCCGCCGUGGCCGCGUGGGUGGCUGAAGACGAGUCCCUCAGGAGAUUGCUCUCCAACCCAACGGAUGCUGGAGACAGGACCACCAGACUCCUGCAUCGCACCUGCAGAGAGAUUUACCGGCUGAGGAAGUCCCGCCAAGGGGGCAGGAAACCGGAUCUCGUCACAUUUAAAGAAAAGAUGGCUUUCUUCACUAGAAGCAAGAGCACCGUACCAAUCUUGCCGAAUGACGAAGACCAAGCGUCGGAAGAUGACUGGGAGGAUGAACUAGAAGAGAGGCGAACUCCAGAUGGCCGCUCCUCUAAAACCUUUUACGAACUCCGUAGUCGCACGGAAGCUUUAGAAAAAUCCGACACGGUCAAACAAGAUUCAAUCGAAAGCGCAGAGGAACAAGUAAUUGAAUGCAAGAAUCCCUGCCUGAACGAGCCCUGCUACGAGAAUCUGCCGAAGUGUGAUGACGCUAACAUUGAAGAGAAAGAAGCCAAGACUGAUGAUGUGAGAUAUGAAUUUGUUGUUGAUAGAGUACUAGGUGUUCAGGUUUGAGUGAAUGCGACUGGGUAUGAAUUUGAUCAUUUUAUAUUUCUCUUAAAAACUUAUUAAAAUAUAUUUAUUACCCCGUGGCAAACGAAGUUAAUCGAAGAAAUCAACAGAAUACAAAAUUAUUGUCAUGAUAUUUGCCUUUAAAAAGCAUUGGUAUUAAAUGAUCCAAAUCUACCCAAAGAAUGAUGGCCUUUUGUUGUAAUGGCACCUUAUAAAUUCGCAAAUAAAAUAUUUACUGUGAUUAUAAUUGCCUAUGAGAUUUCUGCAAUGAAGACUGAAGUUGAAAAGAAUUAUAUUAAAUAAAAACUGCUAUCUAUUCGUUAUUGGUAAUAUAUAAUAUGUAUAUACAUAUAUAUAUAUAUAUGAAGGGAAUAUAAUUAUAAUGCGGAACUCUGAGUAAUGUUUGUUACAAAUACAGUGCCAUAAGGAGUUCAUGAUGUAAAAGAAAAAGAUUUGAUAAAUUGCUUAAGAAUUUGGGACCGAAAAAGAAACUGAUUUUCAUUAAAUUGCUACUGAAUUCAUAUUCAUGUCGUAUGCGUUGGUUUUGGUAAAAUUAACGACCUACUUGAAUAAAAUAUCCCAGUCUAGACGGAAAUAUAGUUCUUGAUUUAAUUUAAUAAAUUUUAUAAUCUAAAUCUACAAAAACUAAAUGAUUUCAUUUAGUUUUUUUGAAUUCUCCGUCAUAUUUUUCUAUUCAGGAUAGGCUGAUUAUUAUUGUAGUUACUUUGGAAUACGGUUCUAAAUUCUAAGUUACAUUAUCAAAUUUGAAUCUGAUAUCGUACUCAUAUAUUUUAUUGUAUUAACAAACGUGCCUUAACUUGUAUUGUUGGUGCCUUGAGAAUUGUAUGAAAGCCUGCAAACGUGCCAUAGGGUGGCAUAACUUGAAUGGGAUGAGGAGGUUUGUGUCAGCGCCGACCAAGAGAAAAUAAACACGAAUACUUACCUGCAUUAGAAUAAAACAUGAAUAUUUCAAUUUUACUGAGUCCUUGCCAUGCCGUUUUCAAUUCGAUCCAAAAACAGUGGUGAAAGCAAGAUGCCGCUAUUAGUGUGGCUGUUUCACUUCAAAUAUCGGAAAAGUAAAUUUUGGUGUUCGUAGUAAAGUUAGUUUAUAAUAAAUAUGUGUUAUGCGUUUUGAAUUUUCUUAGUUAUUUUAUCAAUAUCAUCUGAAAUUUCACUUCUCUUUGCUACUCUUGGCCUGCUCUGACUUAAAUUAGGUACAAAAUAGGAGUAUGAGGAGUCACAAAUUAUAUGCCAAACAAUGUGAACAUAGCAGCGAAUGAUCUAUUUCAAAUUGUACAUAAAUACGUAAUAUUAUAAUGCCCACCGAGAUAGUCGUUCUGCUGUUACGUUUUGUUAGGAAAACUUCCACCGAAUAUAUAAUGACUUGAUAGGCCAAAAAGUACCCUGUUGCUUUGUAAAUAAAUAAUGGCGAUAAUUACAGAUUCGACCUGUUAAUUUUCAUUCCUCGCAGGCUUUGUUUUUCUAGCUCGGCAAGUUGUUUUGGAUUCUAUUGAUUAUGAAAAAGCUGAAAAUGCCUGAAGAAGAAAUUUCCAGUAAUUGUAACAAAAACGGGCUUAAAGUCAUGGUUUUAAACUCAUUCUGCUUGAAAAUAUUUACAACAACUAUUAUGUUGUUGCGUUUCUAAAUACCUUCGAGAUUUUGUCUUUGUUUUGCUUUGCAAUUGUAUUGGAUAAAUCGAGUUUUUAUCUUGUUUUCGGUGUGCAAUAUUGAGCGUACUUGUCAUAAUCUUAUUCCAGAGAUCUGAAUAUGUGCAGGUGGUGUGAUGUUCUCUCAAUUUUGAUGACAUUUAGAUGAUCGGCAAUGGCUUUAAUAUCUCCAUUGAUUUUAAACUCUAAUGUGUUAUGACGUUAAGCUCAAAAUUAUUAGAGACGUGAUUGAUGGUCUUAAACCUUUAAAAUGUUGAAUGUACCACUUCUCUUGAUUUUUUUCAUACUCCUGACUUAUUUUCUUCCAAACUUGCUGUUAAACUCACUACAAUUUAGACGUCUGUUCAUUGAAGAUCAUUUAAUGUAAAGCUGGCGUUGUUACCUUUUACGUUAAAUGUCCUGUGUAUAAAGUGAGUUUGAGCUUUAAGUAUUCACACUAGAAUCAUAUUUUUUUCAUACUUAUUUAAUACAAGCUCUGCUUUGUUUGGGAUUAAAUAAUCAAACUCUUUUUGUAAUAAGAAGUAAACUUUUAUUAUAAUAAUAAUUGAAAAUUAAGAACACAUUGUUUCUAAAUUUAUAAAAUGAAUAAUUAAAUUAGCAUAUUUGAAAGAGAAUUUGUCUGUAACGAAAAAAAUAUUAUUUAUAAACGUUUACUUGGACAAGUUGAUAGGGUUUUCUCGAGCGCUAGUAAAUAAAGUUUUUAGUAGACUUUUAACUUUCUUAUACACCCACUUUAUACACCCACUUAGAGGAGUAUCGCAAACUAUUGUUGUUCCAUUAAAAUCAUGAAAAAUUACCUGUUGAAAUUGUUUGAGUCUUUUUAACGGAAUUUGCGAAUCGAAGCGAAACUCCCUUGUGUAAAACGUGCCAAGUCAUUGUGUUUGAUAUUUUUUUUAAGAAGUCACGCCAUACACCUGUUAACGACAACGUGAUAGGUUUAUGAUUUAAAAUAAUAACGUAUGCCCUCAUUAUUUACAAAAACUUCUUUGUAUUUUAUUAACUCGGCAAAAGUUUAAGGUGAUCUAAUGUAACGUGAAUAAAAUUUAAUUUUAUUACAUUUUUGUCUCCACCUAUGCACGAAUGCAUAGGCAAAUUAUUAGGGUUUAUUUAAUGUACAUUUUGUAUAAUAUUUAAUUUUAUUAGAUAAGCGUUUAAUUUUAUUCUCUUGUAAAUAAUCUGAUAAUAAAUACUUCGAGAAUUCGCAUAUCUGUAUUCUGAUUUUGUUUAUUUUUAAUUAUUAUUAUUAUAUAGCAAUAUUAGUCGAUGUUAAGUAUUUUUAUAACAAAAAUGAUAGUCUCUUAGUUC